AUGUCCACUAUUAUUAACCGGAUCCCGUUGGAAUUACUGGAACUGAUUUGCGACGAACUCGAGACGAGAGACCUGGCGUCGCUGGUUGGGACCUGUCGCGAUACAUACCACCGAACGAUAAACCGCUUGGCGCAGCGAUAUACGGAAAUUCACCUAGACUUCUCGCAAGACAGCUUCAAUCACAUCCAUGCUAUUGCCAACAACAAGGUCAUGCGACACCAGGUUCAUCGCCUGGUCGUGAUGACCCCGGAGCCUUAUCUGGGCCGGAAUCUGCAGUGGCAGCGAAGCGCAGCUGGCCACAUACACAAUCCACUCCAAAUACCGGUCGUGCAACGCUUUCGAGAUGAUCUCGUUAAACGGCUUACGAACUGUCGAUCUUUUGUCAUAUCCCCGGUCAGAACCAAGUUUGUGCCCGAAGAAGACGAUGACACCAACAACAGUGAACAUUUCAACCCCGACGAUGCCGCUGGGGUCUUGUUGGAAAUCAUUGCCGAUACAUCGCUACCCAUGAAGCUAUUCUGGUAUGGCACCGGUGUGAACUACACUUCAAAUAUCAUGGAUAUUCAGCGACUACCAAAAGACCUUUUCACAAAUCCGACCUUCAAGGCCGGAUGGGGCCGACUGGAAAAUCUCCACCUGGACCACAAGCUCACACCAUACAAUUACUCCUUCAUUUUAAAUAUGAUUCUCCAUGCCCCUAGUCUCCGAAAAAUCUACCUCAGCCUGGCGCCACGAGAUUUGGCAAUCGAGUUCUUCUCCCACCUUUCACAAUCUCAAUCUCUCCCUAGCUCACUAGAGAGGAUUGCCUUAUGUUUCACGUCAAUACGAGCAGUUGACCUGGUCAAGAUCCUCAGUCAUUCUCGACAAACACUUAGACGCCUCAUUCUAGACGAUAUUGGGGGCCUAUCGUCGGACGCGUCUAAGCUACACAGUCAAUUACAAGGCUGUUUUCCACGGCUGGAGGCUAUUGAUUUCAAUAAAUGUCAAUGA